UAACGAUGGCUUUAGCAGGAAGUGUUAGGCCUAGAUCUAUAUAUAUUAUGAAAUUUUUCGUUUCAAACGAAUAUCGAACCAUGAAUAAUGUGUUAUACUUAUACUAAUAAUAUUAGUAACAGAAGCUGAACAAUAUUUUGAAUUUCACUAAUGUCAAUGAAAGGAGCUGACUUUCGUAAAGGACUUAAAUUUGCGUGUGUUUUCUGUGAACCUGAGACGGAAUUGAGUGCUACUAGUACUACAACUAAUAAUAAUAUGGGGAUUUCGGAAAGUUCUCAAUCACAACCAGAGAAUUGUAACGUUAAUUCACCCUCUCAUGCUGUGGGUACAUCGUUAGGCGUACCAUUACGAACUUCGAAACAUCAUUCAACCGUACAGUCAGUUGAGAAUUUUAAAAUGCCUAUGCCUGAACGAAGUGAAUUGGAAAGAAGGUUCACGAAAGUUUUGGUGUCCAUGGAUUUACCACCCGACAAAGCCAAGGUUUUAAAACAAUAUGACGACGAGAAGAAAUGGGACAUGAUAUGUGACCAGCGAAGAAGGCUUGUAGGGGAUGCCACUUCAACUCAAAAUCUCCGUGACUUGGAGAUCUCUUUACGAACAAACAAUAUAGAAUGGGUUAGAGAAUUUCUAAAUGAAGAUAAUAAAGGCUUGGAUGUUCUUGUAGAUUACUUGUCCUUUAGACUGAUGAUACUGAGACAUGAGCAUUUAACCCAUGAGGCAUCCAUUCAAGAGAAUGGAUCAGUCCCCAAUGGAUACUCUUCGUCCACCACACACCGUCCUGCAUUAGAGUUGGAUAACUUUAAGAUUAGAAGAGCUUCCAAGCACAUUUCAAAGCUCAAUAUGGGGGAGGCCACAGAUGACAUCCAUGUGUGUGUAAUGUGUCUACGAGCUAUCAUGAAUAACAAGAAUGGAUUCAACAUGGUCUUUGAGCACAGGGAAGCCAUCAAUUGUAUUACAUUAAGUCUUACGCACAAAAAAUUAAGGACCAAAGCUUUAGUACUGGAGCUCUUAGCUGCUAUUUGUCUGGUAAAAGGAGGACAUCACAUAAUACUAAAAGCUUUCAGUAGGUUUAAAGAAGUUACUGAUGAAGAAGUAAGAUUCAAAACACUCAUGGACUACUUCAUGAACUAUGAUGAAUUCAACAUUGAUUUCAUGGUCGCCUGCAUGCAGUUCAUCAACAUCGUAGUCCAUUCUGUGGAGGAUGUGAACUUCAGAGUUCACCUGCAGUAUGAAUUCACACAACUUGGACUGGAUGAAUAUCUAGAAAAACUGAGACACUGUGAAAGUGAGGAGCUGCAGGUGCAAAUAUCUGCCUAUCUAGACAACGUUUUUGAUGUAGUGGCAUUAAUGGAAGAUUCUGAGACCAAGAAUGCUGCAUUAGAUGCACUGGCAGACAUAGAACAACAAUUAUCAAGGGUAAUUGAAGAGAAACAGGAAAUAGAAAAUGAGCUAAAUGCAAGACUAGUUGAGCUAGAAACUUCACUAGAAAAUAUCGUGAAGGAAAAAACUGAGAUGGAGGAGAGGCUAAAUCAAAUGGAUGAAGAAAUGAACACGUUACGCCAAGAAAAUACCAUGAAAGAAGAAGAGUCACGACAGAGGCAGAGCAUGUUGGAAUCUAAGCUAGUUGAGCUUGAAACUCUUCAGAACUCACUGCCAAGAGGGUCAACAAAAUCUGAACUUGGAAAAUCUCCCUCUGUACCAGUUCCACCACCUGCUCCUGCACCACCUCCACCUGUAGCUCCCCCACCACCACCACCACCACCUCCAAUUGGUUGUAAUAAGUCUUCAAAUGCUCCACCUCCUCCACCUGGGCAGAUGCCUUGCCCUGAGAAUGCCAUGACAAUCAAGAAGAAAUAUGAACCCAAAUACAAACUUCCUUCACUGAACUGGAUAGCCUUGAAACCAAAUCAAGUAAAGGGAACAGUGUUUAAUGAGUUAGAUGAUGAAAAGUUAUACAAGGUGAUAGAUUUUGUACAUUUUGAGGAACAGUUUAAACUGAGUCAACGAGGAGGAUUUUAUGAUCAAACAGAUGAAACUCUUGGUAGUAAACGCUUCAAGGUUCCUGAAAAAGUUACCUUGCUUGAACAUACUAGACUUCGAAAUAUUGCCAUCUCCAGUCGAAAAAUGGAGCUAAAUAGUGAACUGUUAGUGCGUGCAAUCAACAAUUUUGAUCUUAAGGUUCUUUCACAUGAAAGUGUGGAAAUCUUGCAACGGAUGGUACCCAAUGAGAAAGAGGUAAAAGCAUAUCGUGAGUACGAAAGACAAAAGAAGCCAUUUGAUGCUCUAACAGAUGAAGACAAGUUCUUACUACAGCUUACAAAAGUAGAAAGACUGUCCCAGAAGCUCAACAUUUUGAACUACAUUUAUAGUUUUUCAGAAAAUGUACAGUUAACCACCCCACAAGUCCAUGCUCUUAUUACUGCCUCCAGGUCUAUUAAAAGUUCUACAAGGAUAAGAAAAUUACUUGAGGUGAUUUUAGCCUUUGGGAAUUACAUGAACAGUGCUAAACGAGGACCAGCAUAUGGCUUCAAACUUCAGAGUUUAGAUUCUCUCGGAGAUACCAAAAGUGCUGACCGUAAAAUAUCAUUGCUUCAUUAUAUUGUGGACUGCAUCCAUCAUCACUUUCCUGAUAUUUCAAGCUUUGACAUGGAUCUUAGAUUUGUUGAGAAAGCAGCUGGAGUUUCUUUAGAGAAUAUCCUUACUGAUGUACAAGAACUUGAGAAAGGAUUAGAACUAUGUAAAAAAGAGCUCGCUUUACGAGGAGACUCUAAGGACAUUCCUGUUCUUAAAGAGUUCAUAGCAAAUAACCAAGAUAAACUGAAGAAGCUACAAGCAGAUACUAAAACAGCACAAGUUAGUUCAAGAUGCUGUGUUUUAAGUGUAUACAAAAGUAACAUUGGUGACAACAUUAACCCUUUCACUGCAGCUGGGAUGUAUAUUUCCCAGUGCUCCCACUUACUCACAUUGCAACUGGGACAAAUGUUUUCCAUUGUCAUUUAAAAUUGCUGCUCGUGA